GGGAAUGUGUAUCUCAUUUUAUGAUUCCUAGACAGAAUUGCCAGGCAUAAGGUGUAAAGCAAAACCGCUUCUUCAGUCUUUGGCCAAUGAUGGCAGAUCUUCUAGAAGAACAUGUCGCAUCCUGCACGUUAGAUUUUGGUGGACGGUACUAGGGUACCUCGUACCAAGAAUUUGGGCAAUCGAAAACACAAUCAGCCGUUUCGUUUCGGUGGUUUGCGAUGCGAGCAAAGGACCGAUGCAUGCCAAUGCUGGCUCGUCCAUUUAAGAUCAAAUCCCCUCAGUGUUGCCAAAGUUACUUGUCAACAGAAACCCGACUUGAAACUUCAAAAUCCUGCUGAAAAUUCGGAAUACAUCGUAAAAGAAAAAUGGCUCCUGCCAUAUCAACAGAAGAUAGAAGUAUUAUUGGGACAUUUUCUCACCUGUUGCUUUCCGCUGGAAUUAUAACUGCCUGCUAUAUCACAUACAAAGUGAUAUAUAAUCUUUAUUUUCAUCCACUUGCAAAAUUUCCUGGCCCAAGGCUAGCAGCAAUAACAGAUGGCUGGAUAUGUUGGCAUAAUACUUCUGGAAAUUAUCACACGACUAUGAUCAGCUUGCACAAGAAAUAUGGUCCAGUUGUCAGAUUCGCACCAAAUGAUUUAGACUUCGCCUCUCCUCAAGCAAAUCAAGAAAUCCAUGGCCAUGCAAAGCAAGGAAAAGCCAUGUUUCUCAAAGGGCCAGCCUACAAUACUGGUUCGGAAACCAAUGUUGGUAUUGUUUCGGCAAGAGAUCCGGCUGUUCAUCGAGAAAUCCGAAAAUCUCUUUCUCAUGCGUUUAGUGCUAAAGCACUUCGGCUACAAGAGGAAGUGGUGAUACAGUACAUGGACUUGUUCGUUUCUCAACUACAUCAACGCAAGGAUGAUGAGAAGGGGUUGAACUUGUCAGAAUGGUAUAAUUGGUUAACUUUUGAUAUCAUUGGUGAUCUCGCCUUUGGGGAAUCAUUCGAUGCAGUCAAAUCCGGAGAAGGCCAUCCGUGGAUCAGUCUCAUUCUCAGCACUAUCCAUCUGAUGGCUAUUAUGGAAAUCUUUCGACGAUUCCCAUUUUUCAUGAACCCAUUUUUCAAGAAGAUUGCAACAAUUCUCAUGCCUAAAGGCUUGAAAGAAAAGAGCAAGGUACAUUUCCAAAAUGCAAUGCAAAAAGCAACUCAACGUAUGGAGCGAGGAAACAAUGACCGAGACGAUUUUUUCUCGCAUCUACUACGAGAGAAAGAGAAUGGACCAAAAAUUACUCGUGAAUUCAUUCUAGCGCAAUCGAAUACGCUUAUUGUAGCCGGCUCCGAAACCACCGCCACUUUCCUUAUAGGAGUAACAUACUAUCUUCUUAACAGGCCCGAGACACUACGACGUCUCCAAGAAGAGAUCCGCAAUGCAUUCACAUCUUCACAAGAUAUCACAAGCGAUUCCACAGCAGCCCUCCCAUAUCUUUCAGCCGUAAUCGAAGAAGGUCUUCGCAUCUACCCACCCGUACCAAUGGGUCUCCCGCGUGAGUGUCCGGGCGCCACAAUAGAUGGUCAUUAUGUUCCCAAAGGCGCGAUUGUCUGCGUCUCCGGCUACGUUGCUACCCAUAACGAAGAAUAUUUCGCCGACGCCAAUGAGUUUCAUCCUGAGAGAUAUCUACCUCCUUCUCACCCAUUUUAUGAUUCUCGAUAUCAGAAUGAUAACAAAGAUGCGAGCAAACCGUUUUCUCUGGGUUCCAGAGCAUGUCUGGGGGUUAAUUUGGCGUAUAUGGAAAUGCGGGUAGUUUUGGCGAGAUUGGCUUGGGAAUUCGAUUGGGAAUUGAAGAGUAAGGAGUUAAAUUGGGAAAGGGAUUCGAAAUUGGUGGUGCUUUGGAAAAAACCAGAGCUCAGGGUUGGGUUUACCCCGGUAAAGAGAUGAGCUGGAGAGGUGCCAUCUAAGGCGUUUUGGUUUCUUUCUUUCUUUUGUCUUUUACAGAAAUAAUUCUCGUGGCAACAGCCCAUAAACCUAGGGAAGUUGGAUAAUACAAGGGUGAAUACAAAUUAGGCUUUCUUCUGCA